CAACUGCUCUUUCCUGCUGGGAAUCAGUGGAAUCACUGGAGUUUCUUAUAACUAUUUCACCUAUCAGAAAUGACUCGCCUCUCCUUUACUGUAUCACAUUGAAUUAUCUCGUGGAAUCAUUGUGGGAUUUGGUUUUGGAAGAAAAGGAUUUUUUUUCACUUUACUGUCACGUUGCAUCGGAACAGGAACACAGUUGCAUUUUAACAAAAGUGCAACUUGCAAUGCAAAUAGAUCUCUAUGUGUAGUGAUGCGCAAGGGUUGCAUACGAGAGCGUGUUGGAUCCGUUUUCCCAGAGAGAUCUCUCUCAAUGGAUUACUAAUGGGACACCGUAUCAGCUAGCUCUGCUUCUCUGCUGCUUGUUCCCAAGGGUGAAGUAAAAAAGUAAAGUCUUCGAGCUAAACUACUAUGAGGUCUGAAGCUUUGCUGCUAUACUUCACGAUACUACAAUUUGCUGGGGCUGGUUUUCCAGAAGAUUCCGAGCCUAUCAGUAUUUCGCAUGGCAACUAUACAAAACAGUAUCCUGUAUUUGUGGGACACAAACCAGGGAGGAACAGCACGCAGAGGCACAAGAUGGAUAUCCAGCAGAUCAUGAUAAUGAAUCGCACCCUCUACAUAGCAGCUAGGGACCACAUAUACACUGUUGAUCUGGACAUGUCACAUGCAGAAGAAAUAUAUUUCAGCAAAAAAUUAACAUGGAAAUCCAAGCAGCCUGAUGUAGACACUUGCAGAAUGAAGGGAAAGCAUAAGGAUGAAUGCCAUAACUUUAUCAAGGUCCUACUAAAAAGAGAUGAGGAAACUCUAUUUGUCUGUGGAACAAAUGCUUUUAAUCCAUCCUGCAGAAACUAUAAAAUGGAUACACUCGAGUUCGUUGAUGAGGAUAUUAGUGGUAUGGCACGAUGCCCGUACGAUGCAAAGCAUGCCAAUGUAGCACUGUUUGCAGAUGGAAAACUUUAUUCCGCCACUGUGACUGACUUCCUUGCAAUUGAUGCUGUCAUUUAUCGAAGUCUUGGAGAGAGCCCUACUCUACGCACUGUCAAGUAUGACUCCAAAUGGUUAAAAGAGCCGUAUUUUGUACAUGCUGUGGAUUAUGGCGACCUUAUCUACUUUUUCUUUCGUGAAAUAGCGGUAGAAUACAACAGCAUGGGAAAGGUGGUUUUUCCUAGGGUUGCCCAGGUUUGCAAAAAUGACAUGGGAGGCUCACAGAGGGUGCUUGAAAAACAGUGGACUUCAUUUCUGAAAGCUCGAUUGAAUUGUUCAGUACCUGGGGAUUCACAUUUUUACUUCAACAUACUGCAGGCAGUCACAGAUGUGAUCCAUAUUAAUGGCCGGGAUGUUGUGUUAGCCACAUUCUCAACACCUUACAACAGCAUCCCAGGCUCUGCCGUCUGUGCGUAUGAUAUGGCCGACAUUGCAAGUGUUUUUACCGGACGAUUUAAAGAGCAAAAAUCACCAGAUUCAACAUGGACUCCAGUCCCUGAUGAGAGGGUACCUAAACCCAGACCAGGCUGCUGUGCAGGUUCUGCAACGGUAGAAAAAUAUGCCACUUCCAAUGACCUUCCAGACGACACUCUUAACUUUAUUAAAACACAUCCUCUCAUGGAUGAGGCAGUGCCCUCUAUAGUAAACAAACCACUAUUUCUACGGACCAUGGUUAGGUAUCGCCUAACCAAAAUUGCUGUUGACACGGCUGCUGGACCAUAUCAGAAUCACACAGUGGUUUUCCUGGGAUCGGAAAAAGGAAUAAUUCUCAAGUUUCUGGCGAGGACAGGAUAUAGUGGUUUCCUAAGCGAUAGUUUGUUUUUAGAGGAAAUGAAUGUGUACAAUUCUGAAAAGUGUAGCUAUGAUGGGGCAGAGGACAAGAGAAUCAUUGGCAUGCAGCUUGAUAAACAAAGCAACUCUCUUUAUGUUGCUUUCUCCACCUGUGUUAUAUGGGUCCCGCUGGCAAGAUGUGAGCGACACAUGAAGUGCAAAAAGACUUGUAUUGCUUCCAGAGACCCAUACUGUGUUUGGUUGCGAGAAGCGGGAACAUGUUCACAGCUGUCACCUGGUACUAAAGUAGCAUUUGAGCAGGACGUGGAGCAUGGCAAUACUGACAGCUUAGGAGACUGCCAAAAUUCGUUUGUGGCAUUGAAUGGACAUUCAAAUUCAUUAGACUCCAGCACUACUUCCCACUCAACAGUGCAGGAAGGUUACGAUAGGGGGACAGUCCUGGAUUGGAAAGAUGUGUAUGAUUCAUCUGAGAUCACUGACCCACAUGUGGGAGACUCUUUCUACAACCAUCAAGACAAAAAGGGAGUGAUUCGUGAAAGUUAUCUUAAAGGUCAGGACCAGCUUGUUCCUGUUACUCUUUUGGCAAUUGCUGUCAUUCUUGCUUUCGUCAUGGGAGCUGUGUUCUCUGGAAUCAUAGUCUAUUGUAUCUGUGACCAUCGUCGAAGGGAUGUGGAUGUAGUGCAGAGGAAGGAUAAAGAUCUGGGUCAUUCCCGGAGAGAUUCAAUGGCAAGUGUCACUAAACUAAGUGGACUCUUCACUGACAGUCAGUCCAAAGAGCCUAAACCUGAAGCUAUCCUUGCACCUUUGAUGCACAAUGGCAAACUUGCCACACCAGGAACUGCUGCCAAAAUGUUAAUUAAAGCAGAGCAACACCACCUUGAUCUAACUGCUCUACCAACUCCUGAGUCCACUCCAACUUUACAACAAAAGAGAAAGCCAAGCAGGGGCAGUAGGGAUUGGGAAAGAAAUCAAAAUAUAAUCAAUGCCUGCACAAAAGAUAUGCCUCCUAUGGCAUCACCAGUUAUUCCAACUGAUUUGCCUCUUCGAGCAUCACCAAGCCACAUUCCCAGUGUUGUAGUCCUUCCAAUAUCACAACAGGGAUAUCAACAUGAGUAUGUCGACCAGCCCAAACUAACAGAGGUGGCUCAGAUAUCUAUUGAGAAUCAGAGUUCAACUCUAGAAUACAAGACAAUUAAAGAUCAUCUUUCUAGUAAAAGUCCAAAUCAUGGGGUGAAUUUAGUGGAUAAUCUCGAGGGUAUACCACCUAAAGUGCCCCAAAGAGAAGCUUCAUUAGGACCACCAAGCUCUUCAAUGUCUCAAAAUGGAAUGGGCAAACGCAUUGAUAUGCACUCUUCUGCCUACAGUGUGGAAUACAAGAGAAACUACCCAACAAACUCACUCACAAGAACUCAACAAUCAUCCACGCUGAAAAGAAAUAACACCAAUUCAUCAAAUUCUUCUCAUCUUUCAAGACAUCAAAGUUUUGGUAGAGGGGAUAACCCUCCUCCUGCUCCACAAAGAGUAGACUCUAUACAUUUCAGUGCUGCUCAAGGGCAGACAGUGACUCUAACAAGGCAGCCCAGUAUCAAUGCCUAUAAUUCUCUCCCCAGAUCAGGUGUGAAACGUACACCUUCUAUAAAGCCAGAUGUACCACCCAAACCCACAUUUUCACCUCAUUCAUCAUCCAGUAUGUCUAAUGAUGCAUGUACAUAAUCAGAACAAGAUGCUGGAACACCAGAAUUUGCCAUUUUGAGCCAGUGUACUGCAAUUUCAUCAAUAAAAUUUAAUUUCCAAGAAAGCUGUCUUUAAGCUAAAGACUCAUUGGAAAGGAAAGUGAAAUAUUUUCUUAUAUAACCAUGUGAUGUAUGGUUUAUGUUCAACUGCAGGACCUGCACACAAUGUGGACAGUUGUUACUGUUAAUGACUUAACCACAAAAUAUCACACUCAUGAGCCAAAAGCACAAAGUUGGAUGUUGCAUUUCACCUCCUUGGUUUCUGGAACUGGCUAAUGGAGGGCAGAAGAAUAACAGCCAACAACAACAAGAAAAUGGACGCAUGACUUCAGAGACAUUGAUGAUAUAAACAUAAUAAUGGCAGAAGUUUACUAUGUGCAGAUACUGUGAAAUGCCCAUCAGUGUUACAACCACCUGAUUAGCAGAUAAAUGCCGAACUGGGCACAGCUAUUUCAAAUCUCUGCUACUCUCCUCUUUUUAAUGAAUAACAUGUGAACGUUAACAAUAGUAACUUCAAUUAUUUAUUGUUCAUUUUGUUUUUCCUAAGGAAAUCACCUUCUGAGCAGCUCUGUGGACAAAAAGACAAUGAACUUGAUUCAUAUUUAACAUGAUAUUGCUAACUGGAGUAGUUAAGUUCUUUUUAUUAUUUUUUUUUCAAUAAAUUGGCUGAGGAAAUCA